AUGUACCGACUAUUAGAUCUGCUAUUCUCUGAUGAAUUCGCCACGCGUUUCAGUCAGUCGGCGAAAAAGCUUUUCGAGAUGUGGAAGGACGUCAAUAAGCACUACAUUGUUGCUGAAAAGAAGUUCACAACAUCAGUCCAGCACGAAAACGAGUUCAGAAAUUUGUUCAAGGCCGUGGAUACGUACUCUACUUGCAAAAAUGGCUGA